CAUCCGGGAUUUGAUGUUUCCUUUAGACUCGAUAACUCGUAGUUCGUGGUGUUUUGUUCACGUUGCGAGAAAGAAGAAAUAACUCGGUUUGAGAGGAAGAAACCGACGUGAUUGUAAGUUCUUAAAGCAGGUUUCUGUGAAUCCACUGAAGUGUGCGCCGCGUCCACCGCGAACAUGAAGAAGAAAAGCUCGGAGAAGAGGCGCCAUGUGGUCGCGUGGCUCAACAAAGCUGAGUGGGACCAGGUUCUGGAGUAUCUUUACUCCAAAGACUCGUCCUUACAGCGGUUUGCACUGCAGAGAAUCUCCGCCUGGAAGUGCAGGUACGCCAGCAGCUGCCCCGUGGCCGUGGACUGCACCGCGGACCUGGUGCGGUGUCAGGUGCUGGACCGGACUGCACAGCUGAGCGCAGACGACCUGGUCCUGCUCUACGGAGCGGCUCUGGUUCGGUUCGUGAACCUGAUCACUGAGCGUCAGCAGGGUAAAAUGGCCCGGCCUUUAAGGAGACUGGCCGGAAACCUCAACAUCCCCGAGUGGGUAGUCAACCUGAGACAUGACGUCACGCACCGUAAGCUUCCCACCCUGAAGUGGUGCAGAAAAGGUUGUAAGGUGGUCUUGGAGUGGCUCCAACACGAGUACUGGUCCAGGCAGCUGGGAGGAGGCCCGAGUGAGGACUGGGACACGCAGCUGGAUGGAGAAGACGAGGGGAUGGACCUGAAACGUCAGGAGGACGAGCUCAUUGCGAGGCAGAAAGAAAUGGAGGUGUACAAGAACGCUCGUGAACUCCUGAUUUCCUUCGAGAAGGAGCAGUACCAGACUUUAAAUGAGCUCCCUGAUGCUAAAGACAGCAGCCAGUGGCCGGAGCCCUUCGCAGACAUGAGCUGGUUACUGGGUGAGAUCAAGCAGUUUGCUCUGGAGUCCAGUGAGCUGCUGUUCGAUGUGAUGUUGGAAGAAGGAUUUAUGGUUCCUACUGUUGAACAACUGGAGACAUUAGGCUGCAAAACUUCUGCCAGUGAUUCCAAACCUAAACUCCCUCUAGCUGUGCAACGUUUCUGGCUGCCCCUCCUGAAGAUGCUCAACUCCCCAGUCUUCGUUCACCUCCUCCUCGAGAAGCUCUUUGCCGAGCUGAAGCUGCUCUCCAAGGAGCCCAACGACCACAGGGCUUUCUACUUGUCUGCGUGGAUUUCUGAAUUCCUCCUCUGCAACAAGAAGUCCGAGAUCGGCAGUGAGACCAAGAACCAGAAGAAGGCCAGAACGAAAGACAAGAUCUUUGUGAAUCGCCUCCAGCUGAGGUGGCAGCAGCUGCUCUCUGCCUGCCUGGACGCCCCCGGUGCCAGCACGCCUCACUUACUCCAGUUAAUCCUGGAUGAUAUGGAGCAUCCUCUGCCCCAGGAAACCAGACAGGGGCUCCUCAAGCUCUGCUCCAUCUACACGCAGACAAACUCACACUCAAACUUUGACCCUUACACGGAGCAGCAGCAGGAGCAGCAGCAACGACGACGACGACGACAGCAGCAGCAGCAGCCCGUAUACACUCUGGAGAGUUUGCACGAGAAGCUGCGGUGUUUGCGGCGCCAAGGCCACCCUCUGCAUUCCCAGGCUCACUCUGAGCGGAGCGAGUUCCACGCGUCGGCCGACAGUUUGGCAGACACGGCAAGGGUUCUGCGAGGUUCUCCGUGGCAGGUGUGCGUUGAUAAGGUUUCAUGGAAGGACAUUCCUCUGGGUAAAGUCCCCGGACAGUCAGAUGACCCCGCGUGCCUCAUGUUGGAAAACUACUCGACAAUGACAGUGUUUGACCAGCCGGUGGAGAUGGAGAGCAGUGUGGCCCACGGUGCCACGGGAGCGUCCGUGCCAGUGAGGGCGGCAGAUGGCCUCCUGUGGAGCCACAGUGACGUGAACAAGCUGAAGUCUGGACUGCAGCUUUUUUAACUUCAGACUUCACAGCUGCUCACUCAUCACCAAACUGUCUCUCUAAAAAUCAUCAAAACCUUCACUUUGUUAAGGCACAAAACAAGAUUGUUACGCAGGUGUUGGACUGUAGAUGGACUGGUUUAGGGGCUGCAACUCACAAACAUUAGUCAUGUAAAAUGUCAUCAAAGUGGACAUUAUCAAAUAUUUUCUCCUAAAACCUAAGAUAUUCAAUUUUACUGUCAUAGAAAUGCAACUAAACCUAAAAAAAAGUAUAUAAUUAAGUUAAUUAAAUAAUUAAAACAAGCUCUUCAGUUUUUCUGCUUCACAAAUGUGAUUAUAUUCUGGUUUUAUUUGCUCCAUAUCACAAAGAAACCAUUAGAACCGAAUAACUGUAGACAUCUGAGGACAUUUUAUUGACCAAUUGCUCAAUGAAUUGAGAUAAUCAAUGACAUAUUAAUCGACUAGGAAAAUGAUUGUAUGUCGCAGCCUUAGAUGGCAACUAAUGAUUGUUUUUAAAUGACUGUUUGCACUAGGGCUGAACAAUUUUGAACAAAUAUCUAAUUGCGAUUAUUAUGACAGCGAUUGUGAUAAGAUUUGCAAUAUCAGAGGGAAUGGUAAUUUUUCUUCAUUCUGCAGAAUAAGAUGUGUAUAGAUCAUGACAUGAUAAUUAAUCUAAAAUGAUGUUUUUGUUGUGAUUUCGAUAAGAUUUAGAUUAAUUGUUCAGCCUCUAGUAUGCACCACAUUUCAUGAAGUAACAUAAAGUCCACAGAAGUGAAGCCCUCGGUUUGUUCAUCUGGCCAAGUCUUAGUCAUUUUAAGCCUUUGUGUCAUUUACUGUGUUUACAUUAUUUCUAGUACAAUUCAAACCAUAGAAAGAGUUCAGAUUUUAAAUUCGUCAUAUAAGAGGGUGACAUGCAAAUGUAAUGUAUUUAUUUUCCUUUCUCUCAUCUGUCAUACAAGUUCAGUUUCUGCUAAUACACUUGUCUAUUGGAGAACAUGAGCUCUAUCUUCUGUUGUGCACUUAUGUUAAAUAAAAAGUUUUUUCUCUC